ACAAAACCAUCACCAGCUCAUCGUAGUUGUCCUCGUCAACUGCAAUGUUGCGCAGGCAGGUCCUCCGCAGCUUGGCCUGUCGCCGCGGUCCGACACUCCGUUCAGCGCGGUACCUGGCCACGGCCGCCCCGCCUUCUCCUAAUGACGCGUUUGCCAAUGGCACCAACGCAUACUACGUCGAUGAGAUGUACCGUCAUUGGCGGCAGGAUCCCAAGUCAGUUCAUGCCUCUUGGGAUGCUUAUUUCUCCGGCAUGGACAAGGGCCUCCCGAGCCAUGAGGCCUUCCAACCUCCUCCCACCUUCCUUCCGCAACCCGUUGGCGGAGCCCCUACUCUAAAUGCCAGCGGAGGUGCAAAAUUAGAUGACCAUCUCAAGGUCCAAUUGCUCGUGCGAGCGUACCAAGUUCGUGGACAUCAUGUUGCAGAUCUUGACCCUUUAGGCAUCCUGGAUGCAGACCUAGCCGACGUUAGACCUCCAGAAUUAGAGCUGAGCCAGUAUGGAUUCACCGAGGCCGAUCUUGAUAAACAAAUAGCAUUAGGCCCGGGUAUUCUUCCGCACUUUGCCACCGAAGACCGGAAGACAAUGUCCCUCAGGGAAAUUAUCAGACUUUGCCAGAGGAUAUAUUGCGGUGCUGUUGGAAUUCAAUAUGUCCAUAUUCCUGAUAAAGACCAGUGUGACUGGAUUCGAGAACGCGUGGAAAUUCCAAAACCUUGGAACUACACUGUGGACGAGAAGCGUAUGAUCCUGGACCGUCUUAUGUGGUCUGAGUCGUUCGAGAAAUUUAUCGCUAGUAAAUAUCCGAACGAGAAGCGAUUUGGACUGGAAGGGUGUGAAGCUCUCAUUCCGGGAAUGAAGGCUUUAAUCGACCGCUCAGUCGAACAUGGCGUCAAGCACGUCACCCUUGGGAUGCCUCACCGUGGUAGGCUGAAUGUCCUGGCGAAUGUCAUUCGAAAACCAAUCGAAGCUAUCUUGAAUGAAUUCUCUGGAACUGCCGAUCCCGACGAUUGGCCAGCUGGAGAUGUAAAGUACCACCUUGGCGCGAACUAUGUUAGGCCAACACCGUCUGGAAAGAAGGUUUCGUUAUCGUUGGUAGCGAACCCUUCUCACCUGGAGGCUAGUGAUCCUGUGGUAUUGGGCAAGACUCGAGCGAUCCAGCACUUUGAACACGACGAAAUAAACCAUACUACGGCGAUGGGUGUCUUGCUUCAUGGUGAUGCGGCAUUUGCAGGUCAAGGCGUUGUCUACGAGACGAUGGGCUUCCAAAACCUUCCUUGUUAUGGUACCGGCGGCACAAUUCAUUUGAUUAUUAACAAUCAAAUUGGCUUCACGACCGACCCACGCUUCGCGCGCUCGACCGCUUAUCCUUCGGAUAUUGCCAAGUGCAUUGACGCGCCCAUAUUCCAUGUGAACGGUGACAAUGUUGAAGCAGUGACUUUCGUCUGUCAGCUCGCUGCCGAUUAUCGUGCCAAAUACAAGAAGGACGUCGUCCUUGACAUCGUCUGCUACCGACGUUACGGCCAUAAUGAGACAGAUCAGCCUAGUUUCACUCAGCCAAGGAUGUACAAGGCAAUCCAAAGACAACCCACACCCUUGACGAAAUACACCAAGUUCUUGAUCGAUCGCGGGACUUUUACGGAGAAAGAUAUCGCGGAACAUAAGGAAUGGGUUUGGGGUAUGCUCGAGAAGGCCGCGGCUGCCGCCAAAGACUACACACCUACAAGCAAGGAAUGGCUCUCUGCAUCCUGGCAAGGGUUCCCUUCACCGAAGCAACUUGCGGAACAGACUCUACCAACUCGCGCGACAGGUUCAUCCGAAGAGUUGUUGAAACGUAUUGGCAAAGCUAUUUCUACGUAUCCUGAAGGUUUCACUGUGCACAGAAAUCUUGCUCGCAUCCUAUCAAAUCGCGGGAAGACUGUUGAAGAGGGUACCAACAUCGAUUGGGCGACUGCUGAAGCCCUUGCUUUCGGUUCAUUGGUUCUAGAAAAGACACAUGUUCGUGUUUCGGGACAGGAUGUCGAGCGUGGAACGUUUUCGCAGAGACACGCGGUUCUCCAUGACCAAGAGAAUGAGCAACAGUAUGUCCCACUCAAUAACCUCGGCUCUAAUCAAGCUCGCUUCGUUGUCUGCAACUCGUCACUGUCUGAAUUCGGAGCCCUGGGCUUUGAGCUCGGAUACUCACUUGUUUCACCCGACAACCUGACGAUUUGGGAGGCUCAGUUUGGUGACUUUGCCAACAACGCUCAAUGUAUUAUUGAUCAGUACAUUGCGUCUGGUGAAAGGAAGUGGCUCCAGCGAACUGGCCUGGUUAUGAGUUUACCGCAUGGAUAUGAUGGCCAAGGACCUGAGCAUUCGAGUGGACGAAUUGAACGUUUCCUUCAGCUUUGUGAUGACCAUCCCGAUGUCUUCCCGACGGCGCAGAAAAUAGAGAGACAGCACCAGGAUUGCAACAUGCAAAUCGUUUACCCGUCGACCCCGGCGAACUACUUCCAUGUACUUCGACGUCAGAUUAAGCGGGAUUUCAGAAAACCUCUCAUCCUUUUCUUCUCGAAAUCACUCCUCAGACAUCCUAAGGCCCGCUCUGACUUGAAGGAAAUGACCGAUGACACGCACUUCGAAAGAUACCUACCAGAAGCAAGCGAAGACCUUGUUGCUCCCGAAGACAUCCGUAGACACAUUCUUUGCUCAGGCCAAGUAUACUACACCCUUCUUCAAGAGAGACAAGAGAAGGGUAUCAAGGACGUUGCUAUCAGCCGUCUAGAACAAAUUUCACCUUUCCCUUACGAUCUUAUUACACCGCACUUGGACAAGUAUCCUAAUGCUGACCUUCUGUGGUGCCAGGAGGAACCUCUUAACAACGGAGCCUGGACCUACGUGGCACCCCGAAUCCUCACUGCUGCUAACGAGACCGUGCACCACAAGGGCAAGCAUCCUCUCUAUGCAGGACGCGAGCCCACUAGCUCUGUUGCUACCGGAAGCAAGCAACUUCACUACAAAGAGAUUGAGCAGUUCUUGGCCGCUGCUUUCAAUUAGCUAGUUAUUCCCUUCUUCGUAAUUUUAGUAGUAGUUCACACACGCAGUUCUCACGCAUAUUCCCAAGUUGAUUUAAUUAGGCCAUUUAAUAUAGCAGAGAACUUCUAUUUAUCUACUAGUGCGCUUUGCUCUGUAAAAUUCGCCAAGCUCUUUGACUGCC